ACCACUUUCUCUUACUCUCCUAUUCGUUUUCAUUCUGCAAUGCAAUCUUUUCUGUUCUAUUAGUAAGAAAGAUCCAAAUUCAAGCCUAUUCUAAGAAACAGAUGACGUUAUUUGACAGGGUGCCCAAAAUCCUUAAUGAGUAACUUAGCAAGAGGAGAAGGCAAAUGCUGCCCCAGCUGUUUCCUGUUGAAAAUGUCUCUGUAAUGUAGAUAAAUGUGAGGGAUUUUCUCUCCAAAUCCGUCUCCCGUUCGCUAAAUCUCACUUCUCCACAACGAGCCUGCGCAAUGGAACAAAGUCGGAAUAUUGAGAUGUGACAUUGCCCGCAUCUCAUCCUCUUUCUCGCUUUUUAAUGACUUCAAACAAGUUCAUUUUUGCUGGGCUUUUGCUGGAGACCCAAGGGGAUGUCUAGCGGUCAUUUCUUCCAGGGGCAUUGGUGUGAUGUCUUUAAGUGUACCAUGCGCUGUCUCUCGUGCACCCACACCCUCUCACUGGUGCUGUGCGUCCUCGCGUUGACUCCCGCGACACUGGAGGCGGGUCCGGAGACGCUGUGCGGGGCGGAGCUUGUAGACACGCUGCAGUUUGUGUGUGGAGACAGGGGCUUUUAUUUCAGCAAACCAACAGGAUAUGGGCCUAGUUCGAGACGGUCACACAACCGCGGCAUUGUGGACGAAUGCUGCUUUCAAAGCUGCGAACUGCGGCGCCUCGAGAUGUACUGUGCACCUGUGAAAACCGGCAAAACUCCACGAUCCCUACGAGCGCAACGGCACACAGAUAUCACCAGGACAGCAAAGAAACCUAUAUCUGGACAUAGCCACUCUUCCUGUAAGGAGGUUCAUCAGAAGAACUCAAGCCGAGGAAACACAGGGGGCAGAAACUAUCGCAUGUAGAGGACAGCGAGGGGAAACGGCUGAGAGAGACAAGUGAAACUGUUGGACAGUGGAAAACAGGGGAUGAAAGAAAGACUGGUCUUCCAGGGACGUGCUCCACUGUAAAAAGAAAAAAAAAGGGAAAAAAAAGAUACUGGAUGUUUAAUCCCCACGUUAAGACAAACAAACUUAGUGAAGAAAAUCUGAUGAUUUCCGUGCACUGCAUCAUUUCAUACUGGGGGAAAAUACUAAAUUAGCUGCUAUAAAGAGUCAAAUGAUAACUGUUUAUCCUCCUUGUGUGAACGGUUGCACCUAAUGGAUGUCGAAAGCUUUUUAUAGUGGCAAAAAAAAAUGUGUCAGAGCCCAAAUAUUGUCCCUACUCUAGUUUGCAGCACCGAUUUAAGGUCCGUAUUCCACUGAAUUCUUAUUACAAUCUGCAUCUAGCGGAAGAGAGUUGCAAUAUUUUAUCUAAAAAAACAGAUUUUUGCAGGAAAACGUGCUGACUUAAUGCAAAACGUUACAAGCUCCGCUGCCAAGAGAGGAGUUUGCAGUGAGAUCACGGACCAUGUUGACAAGAAAGGCUGUCUAGACAGUUUAUACCAGAUGGAACCCUUGCAAAACUGAACUACGGCUGCACAGAACGAUGACGUUUAAAUUACAAAUCACUCUUUUCUUAUUUGAUUCAUUGUGCAAGACCAGAUCAAGGGGGAUUAUACAAAAGCCUUAUGCAGAUGUGCUGAGGUGCUCUAGAGAACACAUUUAGGAUUGAUAGAACAUGACCUACAUCCUGCAAAACACCUUGUGUGUGUUUUUUUUUUAAAUUGUGUGUGAGGGAUCUUUGCUUCUUUUUUAAAAUAAUUUUAACUGCAUGGUUUACCUUCUUUAGAAAAUGGGAGGUGAAAGCCAUUCACUCGAACAGUUAUCCGCAUGCAUUUACACCAGUGUAUCAGCACGUACAGGAAAGACGGAGGGAAGACAACAGAAACCAUAACAGAAACAUAAAAAUUGCUAGCAAAUGUAAGGUAUUAACAUCAAUAAGAACAUAAUCUGUUUCAGCAACUACUUUUUAUCUAACAGGAAGUUGCAGGUUUGCAUCUUUAUAGUGAAAGACUGGUGACAUGAGCCGGACUGCAACUAACUAGCUGUAUUAAAGGGAUAUUUCACCCCAAAAUUUAAAUUAUGUCAUUCUUUACUCAUUACACUUUACCACCUCAUUGGUUAACUUCCAAUAUGACAAUUGUAGUCCAUUUUUUACUGCUACUAUAAAAUAAAAAGGCAAUUGCAACUUAUUUUGCGUAAUACAACUUUAUGGCCAACGAUGUAACCAUUUCUUAUAUUAAAAAUUCUCACUAUUAACUUUUUUUUUCCUUCUCUGAAGCAGAAAUGGACAUCUAUAAAGGUGAAAAUUAUCAGUGAAUAACGACUUGAAUUUCACACUUAAAAAAGGAAUUGAUUUUGUCCAUUCCUGAAGAAAAACUCCAUUCAUUUUCUCCAUAGGGAAACUGAUUUCUAAUGAUAACUUAUAAACUGUGAGCUAUGAGGUUGUUAAUCAAUAGCAUUUGCUUCUGUUGAAGCCAUCAGCCAGCAUUAUUUCAACUUAGUUUCAAAAUAAUCACGUGUAACAGCAGAAUUUGAGGUGAAAUCUACAUUACCCAUGAUGCUGUACAGAAAAUUCCACCAAUCAGAGAGUCAAAUAAGCAAAAUGCAGCAAAAGAUCUCUUUAGCUCCGCCCACUCCCAUCGAAUCGGUCUGCCUACACUCAACAUAUUUAAAUUUUUCGAUAUAUUCAAUAUAAUAUUUAGCAUAUAUAUUUCAAUUUCUUAAAAUGUUGAAUAUAUUUGAAUGAAUUAAACAUUCAUUUACUUGGUUCAUGGCCUAUAAUGCUUGAACGAAGACUUUUUUGAAAUCCCUAUGGGAGAAAUGAAUGAAAAAAAAAAAUACUUCUGUAACCAGCGCCGCUGAAAAAGUGGGCGGGCACUGUUGCACUCUAUAGACGUGGUCACUCUAUCCUUAUACAGCAAAUAUCUGUUUUAAAUUUGUCCAUCUGAAAAAGAAACAGUUAUCAAUGACGAUACAUAAAUGACAGAAUUUGUAUUUGGGUGAACUAUCCCUCUAUACACCACUUUAAGUGGCUGUCAGAGGGGUCGUGGGGUGUGAUCCAGCCGUUUUCACAGUCCCUCUGCAUGGUGUUUUCCUCUUUUCUGAACCCUUCGGAUCAUGUCAACCCACACUGUUUACUCUGUAUCUAUAUUCAACCUAUAUUAACCUUUGCAUUCUCUAACCAUAAUCGUAUGUGAUGGCAUCAUAUAGCGGAACCAUAUAAAAAAAUCAACCCACUGUAUAAUGGUGCUAUUUUGUAGUUUGUUACUUGCAGGGGUUGACUGAAAACAUAGGUGAUGGCUUGAGAAGCUCAAUGUUGGAGGUCUUCCCUUUUGCACAGCCUUGUGGCCACCAUUGUAAUAAUAUUCCUUUAUUUUUAAGCUAUUUCAAUAAGGUAACAGUGUAAGCGAGCGAAAGUAUUUUUGUGAGAGCUGUGAAUGCGUGGAAAAAAAAUGUGGCCCGAGAUGGUUAAUUGCUGUUUUUGUUUUCUCUACGGUUUUUAAAUUAUUAAUAUUUUUGAAAUAAUAAUGUCCCUAUGCCAAAUAACUUGACAGAGUACUGUGAACUGCAAAUCUCCAACGUUACCAAGAUUUUGACACCACAAUGUAGCUUUUCAUGCGCACUACAUUCAUUUUGACAUCCUGGCACUGAUUCUACAACUCAAGUAUUUGUAACUGGCAAGGAAAUGGGGCAAAACUGUCUUCAGUGUAAUAAAGAGACGAGAAAGACUCUUUACCUUUGAGUAAUAAUAAAGUUCAACCAGAUAGCAACAGUGUUAUUUGGCUAACACUGUACAAGCCUAUUCAGGACUGUUGGUUUUCUUUUCACCUGCCUAUGUUUUUACUUAUCGAUAUGUCUUGGGAAGUUUAAAAGGAAAAUUGCACCAAAAUGAUUUAAAUUACACCAGUAAGAAAGGUUAUUUAUGUUUUAAAUAACAGCACAUUAGCCAUCCAAAGAUAAAUCAUCUACAGUAUAAACAAUAAGAUGGAUGCCAGUUCCAAAAAGGCAACUAUCCAUUUUUUGACAUCCUAAUUUGCGUCCUAGUGUGUUUGUACUUUUGAACUGGGCCGUAUUUCUUUCAAAAGUGUCCAUAUUUUCUCAAACAGCAUUAAGAAACAAUGCAGAAUCAUAUGCAAUAGCCACCCAGAAUAUCAAUGUAAAGUGCACAAGUUCUUUGAUUGUAAUAGACCUCCAGCAAAAGGUCCUCACAAAAUACCAAAGACUUUGGUUUGUUGGUUAUAGCUUUGUUGCUAAUAUCAUUGGCAACAUUAAAGAAACUUCUUGAAUCUUCAAUUAGACACACUAAUUGUUACAGAAAUAUCAUGCCUAUUUUUUGAAGUGGUUCUGUUUCCUCUUAAAUUGAAUGUAGGAUUUAAGACUGCUGCGGAGAUUUGCGGUACUUUGCUUGCGUUUGAUAGUUUUCAUCAGAACAUGUCUACAUAAAUCCAGAGAUAGAAACGGAAUGACAAAUGUUAGAGGAUUCUGGGCAUUGAUCAUUAAAGCAUUUUUUGAUUGUGAGGCUUUCAUUACUGGUGCUCAAUUGCUUUCUGUACAAAAUAUGAAAAUACUGACAGAUUGUUCACCAUUCCUGCUGAAUAAACCACUUGUCAAUA